AUGCAACUCAAACGGCUGCAUUUGGUCAAUAUUCUAGGACCCCUUGUGAACAAACCUCACCUACCUGAAACCCUUUGCAAAAUUACAGUGGGUGCCAUCAAACUAGACGGAGGAGUUGCAAUCAUCACCGGUGCUGGGUCGGGAAUCGGGAAAGAGACUGCUUUCACCUUUGCCGAAGCUGGAGCAUCGGCUAUUGUUUUUGCGGAUAUCGAUGAAGCCAAGAUCAAGGAGGCCGUCGAAGAGAGCAAAAAGCUUGCUACAGAUGCCAAAUAUCAAGCUCUUGUCAUAGGAGUAGAUGUAACAAAGGCAGAAAGCGUUCAAUUUUUGAUUGAGGCUACCGUCAAAGCCUUCGGUCGGGUUGACUACUGUAUUGACGUCGAUGCCUACAUUCCGUUUAACGACAGCGUCGAGGCUACCUAUGAUAAGGUAAUGGAUAUCAAUGCAAAAGGAGCCUACCUGGUCACUCGAGCCGCUUCCAAAUAA